CCGGGCUCGGGGCGGGGGACGGAGGGGAAGGGGACGGCGCGCGGGAAGGAAACUUAAGUCAUCUGUAGUGGCUUCUGGGACUCUCUGUGGAUUGUGUCCUGUCCCGGUACGGUUGCAAAUUAGGGUCGAGUUCAGUCCUGGUGAGCCAUGAAGUGCUUGAUCACCGGCGGCAACGUGAAGGUGCUGGGCAAGGCUGUCCAUUCGCUAUCCCGAAUCGGGGACGAGCUCUAUCUGGAACCCUUGAAGGACGGGCUCUCCCUACGGACUGUGAACUCUUCCCGUUCCGCCUAUGCCUGUUUCCUCUUUGCCCCGCUCUUCUUCCAGCAGUACCAGGCGGCUUCCCCUGGUCAGGUACCACUGCGCUGUAAGAUCUUGAUGAAGUCCUUCCUGUCCGUCUUCCGCUCUCUGGCGAUGGUGGAGAAGACUGUGGAGAAGUGCUGUAUCUCCCUCAGUAGCAGCAACAGCCACCUGGUGGUCCAGCUCCACUGCAAGUAUGGGGUCAAGAAGACACACAACCUCUCCUUCCAGGACUGUGAAUCCCUGCAGGCUGUCUUCAACCCAGCCUUGUGCCCCCACUUGCUCCGUGCACCAGCACGGGUUUUGGCAGAUGCUGUUCUGUCCUUUCCCCCUGCACUGACUGAGGUGACACUGGGCAUUGGCCAUGGCCGACGGGUCAUCCUGCGUAGCUACCAGGAGGAGGCAGAUAGCACCAACAAAGUCAUGGUCACUGAGACUAGCAUUGGGGAGGAGGACUUCCUGCAGCUGCAUGCCCCAGAAGGGACAGCUGUCACCUUCUGCCUUAAGGAAUUUCGGGGGCUCCUGAGCUUUGCAGAGUCAGCAAACUUGCCUCUUACGGUCCACUUUGAUGUUCCAGGCAGACCAGUCAUCUUUACCAUUGAGGACUCUUUGCUGGACAGCCACUUUGUCUUGGCCACACUCUUAGAGCAAAACCCAUGUUCCCAGGACCUGUGCUCCCCAAGUCCCCGCCAGCCAAUGCCUCAGAAGCAGGCUCACAGCAUACCCCACUUAGAUGACUUUACCAAUGAUGACAUCGACUGUUACAUGAUUGCCAUGGAAACCACCGUGGGCAGUGAGGGCUCCCGGGCACAGCCUUCCACUUCCCUCCCACCUGUCUCCCAGCCCUCCCAUGACCUUGCCCCUGCUUCAGAGGAGGAGGAAGAAGCUGAGCCCAGUACAGUGCCUGGGACUCCUCCACCCAAGAAGUUUCGCUCACUUUUCUUUGGUUCCAUCCUGGACCCUGUACACUCCACCCAGGAUCCCAGCCCUGUGCUGGCUGAAGACAGUGAUGGUGAAGGCUGAACUUGAGAAACUGGAAGCUUGUGUCCAAAGGCCCACGGACCAGAAGCAAGCCCAGCCACUGGCAGGGCUGGAACUUAGUCUCUGGGCAUGGAAAAGGGCCUAUGCUUGGGGUAGGCCGAACUUGGCUGUAGGCUGCCCAGGCAACCAUAUUUGGUCUGUGUUGUAUAUUAUUUACUCAACCUGUAUCAAUCAUGUCUCUUUCUGGUGCCCAGCUAUACCGACAGAUUCCUUACCUUUCUUACUACAGAGCCACAGGCCAGGCUCUAAGUGUCUAGCCAGAGCUAGAAAUUUACCUUCCUCUGGCUUGCCUGUCUUUUAAAACAAAGAGAAAGAAAACAAUCACAGUGCUGAUUACCCUCUUCCAAUCAUGAACUAACUCCCUAUCAAACCUCUGGGAUGACCUAUUUCUCUUGCUUUCCAAUACUUGGACCUUGGCUUGGAAUCCUAAUAACCUCUAGACCCAAGUGUGCCACUGGGGUGGCCCUGGCUGGGCCCACGUCCAGCUAGUCAGUUUGCCCUCUCAGGUGGCUUUGUACCAAAGGGCUCCUGGCCCACUGUCUGAAACAAGUGAGAGAGAGGCCAUGGCGAGAAUCCAGCUUUGACCUUUAUUCAAGAGACCAGAUGGGUUGCCCUAGGAUCCGGCUGCCAGCUGUGCAAGGCUGGAGACCCACAAUCUGGUUUGCCAUUGCCCUGAGCUGCAGCCUUGGCCCCAGGAUUCCACUUGCAGCCACCACAGGUGCUGGUGGGAGGGAGCCCUGGGGGAUUAGAUGCUGCUAUUGAUUCAUUAAAAAAGAAAGGAAAAGACA